AUGCCGCGCAAAGCCCGCGCAGCGACCAAGGCGACCGACGAAAACACCAUAGACCUCGUCUCGGACGCCGAUCCCCAGCCCGCCUCGAAAUCCUCGUCCCGCUCCAAAUCGUCGUCGUCAUCGGCGGCAGCAGCAGCGGCUUCCUCGUCCGGAAAGUCGACGACGGCGACAAAGACGAAAAAGGCAGCGGCGACGUCCAAGAAGAAGAAGCAGCCCCUCUCGGCCAGGUCCGACAAUGCGGCGGAUGCAGACGACGACGACAACGACGACGACGACGGCGACGACGAUGACGAACAAGAGGCGGAGGUGAUCAAGACCCCGACCAAACCCAAGCCCAAGACGACGAGAGGGAGAAAGGCGAAGAAGGUCGCCGUGCAGCAGCAACAAGACGACGAGCCGACCGUCGUCACCCCGCAGAAGAUCCCAGAGGACCAGGUCAAGACCUUUUUGGACAACUACGACCUCGAAACGCACGAACGCCUGACACGGCUGACCGCCACCCUGGAGCUGACGAUCCAGUCGGCCCAGACGUACAUGGACCUGUCGCUCUCGCGCAUCCCGCGCGCCGUGCGCGAGCUGACGCUGGCCGACUUCAUCGACGAGUACGGCGCCGAUAUCCACGCCUUUAUGGGGCGCGCGCCCACAAAGGCGCUCGAGCGGAACCGCAAGGAGUGGGAGGAGAUCAAGGAGAGCUCGUCGCCGCGCAAGAAGCGCAACGGCGACGCGGGCGAGGACAAGGGCAAGAGGGCAAAGAGGGGCAAGGCGGCCAAGCCGACGGAGGCGCCGGCCUCGUCGUCUGCUGCCGGUCCCUCUGGUACAUCUGGGUCGACGACGACGAUGGGCAGGGUCCGCACAGCGAGGCGCUCCCGACUCGCAUCGUCGGCUUCGGCCUCGGCCAACAGGGCGACGUCUCCACCAGCACAGGCCCGGCGUCCGGCAACGGCCACAUCGGCAUCCGCAUCGACGUCGUUGAGACCCUUCCCGACGCUCGACACGUUCUCGCCCUCGCUGCCCGCCCUCGCCGCCACGCCGCCCCCUGCCGCCGCUGCGGCUUCGACGACGGGCACCCGCGGAGGCCGCGCGGCGCAACCGGGCGAACUGCUCCACUACCUCUCCGUCAAUGGCUCGCCCAUCUGCGGCGUCCUUGGUCCCGAUGGCGUCGUCAGACCCGUCAGGUUCCUCGAUCGUGACCCCGCUGCCCGAUCCGGUACCGGUGUCGCCGCUGCGGGUGCAGGUGCGGGUGCUGGGGCAGGUUCGGGGAAAAAGAGGACGACGGCCAGCUCAUUGGUCGCCGCUGCGGCUGCUUCCGUCAGGAAAAAGAAGUAG